CUUGUCUGUCUUCAAUUGACAAUUAAAUCUUUUUAUCCACAAGGCGCCAUGGCCGCCGAUCAGGAGCAAUUUUACCAAAUAAUCCGAACCCUGUUGUCUACAGACAAUUUAAUCCGAACACAAGCAGAGGAGGCCUACAGUACCCUGCCCAUUGAAAGCAAAAUCACCCAUUUGCUGAGUGCAAUACGCAACGAGAACUUAGCAGAAGAUGCCCGCCAAAUUUCGGCCGUAUUGUUGCGGAGAGUCUUCUCAAAUGAGUUUACAGACUUCUAUCCAAAACUGCCACCAGAGAGCCAGGCCCAGCUGAAAGAACAGGUUCUACUAGCGGUCCAACAGGUCAGAACUGAGAUGUUGAGGCACAAAGUAUGCGAAGUUGUCGCUGAAGUGGCCAGAAACCUCAUUGAUGAAGAUGGCAACAACCAGUGGCCAGAAUUUUUGCAGUUUCUUUUCCAUUGUGCCAAUGACCCCAACCCCAUUCUCAAAGAAGCCGCCUUAACAAUGUUCACCAGUGUACCAACGGUGUUUGGAAAUCAACAGAGCAACUACUUAGAUCUGAUCAAGCAGAUGCUGUCUCAAAGCUUGCAACCCCAAGGCGCUUACGAAGUGCGAUUCCAAGCAGUACGCGCUGUCGGCGCGUUUAUUUUGAUCAACGACAAAGAAACGCAAAUUUUAAAGCAUUUUGCCGAUCUUUUGGAACCGAUUUUAGUGGUAAUUGCUGAAAGCAUUCAACAGCACGACGACGAUACUCUUCUAAAGGUUCUCAUUGAUAUGGCUGAAAAUACUCCAAAAUUUUUGCGGCCGCAGUUGCUCAACAUUUAUGAGAUGUGCAUGAAAGUGUUCAGCGAUGCAUCCGCCUUGGAUAGUUGGCGAGCUUUGGCCUUGGAAGUUAUGGUGACUUUAGCGGAAAUGGCUCCGGCUAUGGUGAGGAAAAUGGCAGGAAACUACAUGGAACAACUGGUUCCCCUGAUUUUGCAAUUCAUGGCCGACUUGGAGGACGAAGAGAACUGGGCCGAAUCCGAUGAACUGCUUGAUGAGGAUAAUGAUUGCAACAACGUUGUGGCAGAGGCUGCUUUGGAUCGUUUGGCAACCGGAUUGGGGGGCAAAGUGAUCUUGCCAUUGGUGACUGCCAACAUUCCGCAGAUGUUGGCCAGUCCUGACUGGAAACAGCGACAGGCAGCCUUGAUGGCAAUCAGCGCUAUCGGCGAAGGCUGCAACAAGCACAUGGAAACAAUGCUUCCGCAAAUUAUGGACGGUGUUCCCGGUGUUAUGGAAAGCAUUCUAAGGUAUCUACAGGAUCCGCAUCCCAGGGUUCGCUACGCUGCUUGCAAUGCGAUCGGUCAGAUGAGCACCGACUUUGCACCAAUUUUCGAGAAGAAGUUCCACGAUCGUGUUGUACCUGGAUUACUGAUGCUUCUGGAUGACAAUGCUAAUCCCAGAGUGCAAGCCCACGCGGGCGCUGCAUUGGUAAACUUUGCUGAAGAUUGUCCCAAGCACAUUCUCCACGUAUACCUCCAACCGCUAAUGGCAAAACUCGAGGGCAUUUUAACAUCGAAAGUGAACGAACUGGUGGAAAAGGGGACCAAGCUGGUGCUGGAACAAGUGGUUACAACCAUAGCCAGCGUAGCGGAUACGGCCGAACAGGAAUUUGUCGCGUACUACGACCGAUUGAUGCCCUGUUUGAAGUACAUAAUCGCAAACGCGAAUAAAGACGAAUACAAGCUGUUGAGAGGAAAGGCGAUUGAAUGCGUCACGUUGAUUGGAAUAGCUGUUGGUUCUGAAAAGUUCAGUGCCGAUGCCACACAAGUCAUGGACAUGUUGCUAAAGACAUACGGAAACGGAACUGAAUUGCCCGAUGAUGAUCCACAGACUAGUUACCUGAUAUCCGCUUGGACUAGGAUAUGCCGGGUUUUAGGGAAGAAUUUCGAGCCGUAUCUUCCUUUGGUGAUGGGCCCCGUGUUGCGAACAGCCGCUCUGAAACCCGAUGUCGCCUUACUCGAUAGCGAGGAAAUGGCCGGCAUUGAAGGACAGGAAGAAGACUGGCAAUUUGUAUCACUAGGCGACCAGAAGAACUUUGGAAUUCGCACAGCCGGUUUGGAAGACAAAGCGGCGGCAUGUACGAUGUUAGUAUGCUACGCGCGCGAGUUGAAGGAAGGAUUUGCACCAUAUGCAGAAGAAACCGUUAAACUAAUGGUGCCCAUGUUGAAGUUCUACUUUCAUGAUGGUGUGCGAAAUGCCGCCGCAGAAUCGCUGCCUUGGCUGUUGGAAUGCGCUACCAGUAGAGGCCCUGGAUUUGUCAAUGAUAUGUGGAGGUUCAUUUGCCCUGACUUGCUAACAGCCAUUGAUACAGAGCCGGAAAAUGAAGUUCUGUUGAUCACUUUGGAUUCUCUAUCUCGUUGCAUCCUUCAACUGGGCCCCUCAUAUAUCAAUCAGGAGUCGAUGACUAAAAUACUUGCGAUUAUUGAUAAACUCAUGAGUGAGCAUUUUGAGCGAGCUAAUGAGCGACAUAAAAAGCACCUGGACGAGGAUUACGACGAGGAAGUUCAAGAGCAGCUAGAAGACGAAGAGACUGACGACAUCUGCAUUCUGAACAAAGUAGCCGAUGUUCUGCACUCUCUCUUCACUAUUUACAGGGAAACUAUGAUACCGUUCUUUGACCAGAUUCUCAAUCACUUCGUCAAUCUUCUAACGCCCAAUAGAAGCUGGGCGGACAGACAAUGGGGGGUUUGUGUUUUCGACGAUGUGAUCGAGUUCACUGGGCCCGCGUGCGUUAAAUACCAGACCUACUUUCUGGGACCGAUGUCUGUUUAUGUUCGGGACAAGAGCUGCGAAGUUCGACAAGCCGUGGCAUACGGUUGGGGUGUUUUGGCCCAGUUUGGAGGAGAGCAAUUUGCUGCUGAAGUCGCUAAAAUAGUACCGGCUCUCGUGGAAGUGAUUAAUGAUGCAGAAUCACGAGAUCUGCGUAAUAUCAACGCCACAGAAAACGCAAUUUCAGCGGUGGCGAAAAUUUUAAAGUACAACAACACUCAAAUCAAUGUCAAUGAUGUUAUCCCGCUCUGGUUCUCGUGGUUGCCUGUUGUCGAAGACGCUGAUGAAGCAGUACACGUCUAUGGAUAUAUGUGCGAUCUCAUUGAGCAGAAUAAUCUGGCUAUCAUAGGUGCGAAUAACGAGAAUAUUCCCAAAAUCGUUCACAUUAUCGCAGAGACGUUUCACCGAGAGGCGGUAGAAACCAACACACCAGUAGCAGUGAGAAUGACAAACAUAGUCCGACAGGUGCAAUCAAACGAAACGUUUUUUCAAUCACUGAUUCACACAAUGACCACUGAACAGCAACAGGCUCUGCAUUUCGCUUUGCAUGCAACUCCUGCGUCUUAGUUAAUAAGCUAUUCCUAUUUCAUUGUUUUACAAUAACGUCAAAAAUUACGGUUUUAUUAAUAUACAAUAUAUGUUAUUUUUUUAAACA